ACUCGUGAGUUCAGCAUGCAUAAAAAUCGAGGCGGUGCCUCUACCAUGACGAGGAGGUCAUAAUCAGCCAAUAGGGUACCCUGGAAACAAUUGGGGGGAUCUGUAGGCGCUUCUAUUUUCAGCACCUUCAAAUAUCCCGAGCCGCCUUCUCCAUAUGUGUGGAGAGACACGCGAUCUUGAACCGUUUGCACGCCGAACUAUUGUUACGGGCCAUGUUCGACUGAUCAAGAUGGGUUCGCCAACAACAGUGGGAGUCACGGGCUUCCAGUUCAUAACGUCGGUAAACACAAUCAAGCGUGAUGACGAAACACGGAAAAGAGUACGGUCUCAUGCACGGAGGCAGAAGCUACCAAAUGAGCCAGCGAUAAAACAACCGGCGCAGAAGAGGGCUUCGCAGAAAGAGCGGGUGUCAAAAUUCCGAUUAAAUACAACAAAAUCUCAGGCACCGGUCAAUAGACAAACACAUACGCCGCCGAAGUCUGCUUCACCGAACAGUAUUUCGUCGCAGAAUGAUUCAUCGCCAACGACCUUCGAUGGACCCAUUGAAGACAUCAAAAUCGAGAGAACUCAGGAUGAUUUGCGAAGUGACAUGAUUACCAAUGAACUCGCGUUCGUGGUCGCUGCUGAACUGCCCUCGUUUUCUGUCUUGCCAAUUCGGACUACGCCGUUGACGGAGAAGCUGUUCAAAUGGAUGAUAUGUGUCUGUCUCUCACCACAGGAGAAAUUCGUGCAGAAGUGGUUUGAUAGCAACGGUGCGCCAUCAUACUUCAGCACUUACCACUCCAGUUUCAUUGCCUUGUCAUUUGCCAUGAACCCUCAAGGAGACUGGUUCGAUUAUGUGAGUAACAUUGCAAGCUCUGGUAUGUGAUAUUUUGGGUCCUGGCUAAUGCUCAUGCAGAUCACAGUCGAUCCGGCCAUGACUCACGGAUUCAUGGGCCUUGUUGCCGCAAUGCACUGCGCUCUGGCCGAAUGGAAUGACAUGACAACAAUAGACUUCCAUCGCUAUGAAGCGCUCAAGCAUAUUAACGAAAGAUUAAACCUAGAAGGCAGAGACAACGCUACGGUAUCAGACGGGGUAAUCGUCUCUGUAUCUCUCCUUGUUCACGUUGAAGCAUUCAUAGGUUCGCUCCCUGCAGCUAGAGCACACCUGAUGGGUUUGAAGAAAAUGAUUGAGAUGCGCGGUGGAUUACUCGAUGGUUUCCGACACAGCACCCUGCUCCAGCGUGCUCUGGCAUGGGCAGACUUUGCUUAUGCUACGGCUUC